AUGAGAGUCCUCUGCGUCGCUGAAAAGCCUUCUAUAGCGCGUUCUAUCGCUGAUAUUCUCUCUGGAGGAUACUUUGACACCGAGAGAAUGGGUCGUACUAGCAACUAUUGUUUUGACUACCCUCAAACAAACGCGUCAUUCACCGUUACGUAUGUCGCCGGCCACAUUACAGAGCUCGACUUCCCAGAAACGCAUCGUAAAUGGAACUCGUGCGACCCAUUCACGCUUUUUGACGCGCCAGUCGAGGUGAAACAUCCUCAGCGCGUCAAUGAGCUCGUCAGGAACAUUGAGAUACGCGCGCGGGGCUCUGACAUGCUCAUGAUUUGGACCGACUGUGAUCGAGAAGGGGAACAUAUUGGCUACGAGAUUGCUCAAGUGUGCCAAAAGGUUAAUAGGCGAAUCAAGAUUAAGAGAGCACGCUUUAGUGCCAUCAUAGCAGAGCCCCUCAUCCUUGCACCCUCUAGCCAGAUUCACCGAGCCGCACAAAAUCCUACAAAUCUAGAUCUAGCACAGGCAGAUGCAGUCAUUGCCCGACAAAUGCUUGACUUGCGCCUCGGUGCGGCGUUUACUCGUAUGCAAUGCAUGGCACUUCAAAACCGCUUCGGAAACCUGCUAGAGGGCAAGCUCGUCUCAUACGGUCCAUGCCAAUUCCCGACGCUGGGCUUUGUAGUCUCUCGCUACGAGCAGGUCAAAGCCUUUGUGCCAGAAACGUUUUGGUACAUUUACCUCGCGCUCAACCGCCCAGGAGAACAAAAUGGACGAGGUAGAGAGGACCAAACCGUCUUCAAAUGGAAAAGGGGUCAUCUGUUUGACUUUGACGUCGCGCUCAUGCUCUAUGAAAUGGUCCUGGAGCGACCUAUGGCCACAGUGAAGAAGGUCGUCAAGAAGAAUACAAAGAAAUGGAAGCCGUAUCCUCUGACGACGGUCGACCUGCAAAAGUCUGGAUCCAGAUUACUCCGGAUGUCGGCAAAACAAAUACUCGACACGGCCGAUGCGCUGUACCAACGGGGCAUUCUUUCCUACCCUCGCACCGAGACGGACCAAUAUGAUGAUCAGUUUGACUUUGGCCAGUAUAUACAGAAGCAAACUUCAAGUCCUGAAUGGGGUGCAUUCGCCACUCGAUUACGGCAGGGAGAGUUUAGCAAGCCACGAAAAGGAAAGAAGAAUGACAAGGCUCAUCCGCCCAUCCAUCCCACUGCCUAUGCGGGUAAUCUUGCCGGAAACGAGAAAAAGGUCUACGAGUAUGUCACGCGACGAUUCCUCGCCAGUUGCUCGAAAGAUGCAGAAGGAUUCCAAACCACUAUCACAGUUGCCGUCAACGGUGAAGAGUUUUCUGCCAGCGGCUUACUGGUUCUCGAGCGGAACUACCUCGAAGUCUUUCCCUACGACAAGUGGUCGAGCCACGAGUUGCCUCCCUUUGAGGAAGGAGAAGAGUUUAUGCCCACCAUCUGCGAACUCCGGGAGGGUGAAACGACAAGACCUUCCUUGCUCACAGAGGCAGAUCUGGUCAGCUUGAUGGAUAAGAAUGGCAUUGGUACGGAUGCCACGAUAGCCCAGCAUAUCAACACUAUCGUGGAGAGAGAGUAUGUCAUGGAGCGUCUAGAGGGGAAUACCAAGUAUUUGGUGCCGUCGACCCUUGGUGUGGGUCUCGUUCACGGGUAUAACCAGAUCGGUCUGGAGAAAAGUUUGAGCAAACCUCAACUUCGUCGCGAGACUGAACGCAGCAUGGUGCAAGUCUGUGACCGCAUCAAGACCAAAGAUGAUAUGCUUCAAGAAAGUAUUGAGCAGUACAAAGAGGUUUUCAUCCUCGCUCGCCGAGAGUUUAAUCUCAUCAUCAAUUCUGUGCGUCAUUAUGUAGAAGGACCAGGCCAGCCUCAAGGUCCACAAGGCCCUCAAAACGGUCGCGGACGAGGUCGAGCGAAUGGUCGAGGACGAGGUGGAGGACCAGCCCGCUCGCCCCACCUUCCGACUCGGAUGAUGGUAAUCUUUCUUUGCAAUACCAAAGUCUCACCAACUGACACUGCUCCAGAUUCGGGGAACGGACCGCCACCAGCUGCAGGCCCCAGACGUGGAGUAGCUGCUACCGCUCCUCAGAACCUUCUUCGACUGUCAAGUGUGACUGCGGCGUGCCAGCCAUUGAAAGAGUCUCUGGAAGAGAUACAACUCGUGGACGGAGAUUCUGGCGGUGUGGUGGUGGACCGGAGAAAGAAUGUGACUUCUUCCAAUGGGCUGAUGCCGGGACAGUCGCACAUGGUCAGUCGUCACGAGUUGGCUCAUCUAAAGCCGUUCCAGCAAAGCGACCGCUUGAUGAAGAAAAUAGCGAACCUCCACGUCGGUGUGGGUGCGACGAAGAGGCCGUACACAGGACGGUGGUCAAAGAGGGGGACAACAAGGGUCGGACGUUCUGGGCGUGCGCCAAACCUGAAGGAUCUCGAUGCAAGUUUUUUGAGUGGGGAGAUCAACCUGCAGGAUCUUCAAAUACCCCAACGAAUAGAGCAAGCGGAACGCAAGGCGGGUCCACAGACGAAUGCUACAAGUGCCAUCAAGUCGGACAUUGGGCAAGUGCGUGCCCGAACGCGACGUCGAUCUCGAAUGCGGGUGCCGUCGCUUCGAGGGAUGCAGGUAAUAGCAACGCGUGCUACAAGUGCAAUCAACCCGGACAUUGGGCAAGCGCGUGCCCGAAUUCUUCAGCCAGCAGCAUACCAAAUAAACGGUUACGAAAAGCUGCUGGACUUGAUGACGACAGCUCCUCUCGCGAGAACUUUGGUGGUGGUGGAUCGUGGAACACUGGCGGCUCAAAAUCGUCUGGAGAAUGCUUCAAAUGCGGACAACCGGGUCAUUUUUCCAGUAACUGUCCUAACACUGGAGCACGGGGUAGCAGCAGUAGGGGCAGAGGCCGAGGGAGAGGACGGUCUGUAUCGGGCGGACGAGGAAGGGGGAGAGGUCGAGGAGGAUCGAAGAAGCGAGGCGGCGGUAGCUUUGCUGCUGCUGACGAUGACUACUGAUUGA